AUGGUCUCCCUCUGAAGUACUGGGGGAUCAGGGUGUCAGUAAAAAAAAAAAAAAUAGUUUUACCCUGCAAUAACAUGAAUUCAUUGUUGGGUUAUUGAUAAGACCAGGGAAAUAGAUUCCUUAGUUCUAAACAUUUAAAAGUUAACCUAGGGAACGGUCCCCUUCUCCAUCCUCACAGACCUGGCCUUUCUCAUGGGAUCUAAGUGAAUUAUUUAUGCAAAUCUAUUGGUCAUUAAAGAGGUGUGGAUGUAUAAGGUAUUAUCAUUCAAAAAUUUGGAUUUAUUAUGUGAGACGUAUCCUGCUUUCAAGUUGGAUAUUACACCUGUGGGGAAUAUCCUGGUGAGUUUGGAUACACAUUUGUUGGAAUUUAUCCUGGUGAGUUUGGAUAUUUUGAUUUUCCUUAACAUGGAUUCUAACCGCGGUUUACCUGGGAUCCUCCUUCCUUGGAAGUAAAUUGUUGCCUCUGUUGGAUUAAAUGCCCCUAUAUUUUCUUGAAUUAUGAUCAGGCAGGUAAAAUCACACAUGGACUAUACAUCAGAAAAGACAGUAUUUUCAGUUUUUUCUUCCUCUCACCAUCCUCCCACUGCUUUUUUCUGGAAGUCUUGAAUCCGAGGAUAUUUUCUACUCGUCUGGAUUUAAGUAACAUGGACCAAAGGAUGUAAGUUGCCAUUGUAAGGAUGUAAGUUUGCUAGGUGUCAUCACAGGGCCCCAUCAGUACAUCAUUCACCGCUUAUUGAUCAUUUUCAGACAAGGGAAUUUACAUUUUACAGGGUAUAAUUUUAAUUUAGUACGGAGCUUAUAUCGAAAGGAACUACGGAGAACUGGAGGAGUAACAGAAAACAGCCAUCAAGAAAUUCUGUGGAAAUAUUUUUGGGAGAGUGGUGGCCGUGAAGACGACUGAAGAAGUGCAUUUUGGAUGUACCUGCCCGCGUGGAAGUGUGGACGUAACCCCCAUAAUUGGAUGUAAGGAUGUUGGGUGUAGGAUGUACACAGGUGGAACCACAGUUCCCUCGCUGGAUUACUCCGCUCCUGUGUGGAUUUAGCUGUAUAUCCUCUCAGCAUCAGUAUUUGGGGUUACGAGCAAAGAACUGAAACGUCAGCCUUGCCCAAGAAAACCAAACGAAGCCUGAAGAGGAUGUCGUCUACACAGCCACGGAGUAGACUGUCUAUUGGCCCUUGGGAUAUGUAAUAGUUCUGUUUUAAGGAAUUCAUUACGUUGCAGUGGACUAGGAUUAUUUCAUGCAUUUUGGUGAGAGAAGAUAUUGUUUUUCACAGGAGGGUAUGCAAACUGGCUUGCUAGUUUUGAAGAGGAAUAAUCCAAGUCUCUGUUUUUGGAAAGUAAUAUGCAGACGACUCAGACUUGUUGCUGCUCUAUGCUAGGUGACCGUAAGCACGUUGGAUUUAUUUUCAGUCUGGCCCAUAUCUAGUGUUACUUUUGGAAUGCACUGUGACCUAAAGUGUGACUCAUCUUUUUCCCCACCCAAUCAUAUCUUUAGUACUGUAUCAAUGGUUGUCAUAAAAAAUCAGUUUCUUUUGGUUAUUUUGUUUUCUCCCUUUUUCCAUCAAACGAAGAGAUUAAGAAAUUGUGGAAUAUACCUCCGAUACCUACCCAACCCAGUGUUCUGCUUGAACAUUGAAGACUUGACAAACGCGUCAACAUUUUUUUUCUCAAGUAUUUUUUUUUCUUCCGAAUCUGAAUGAUUUUUUCCUUUUGCUUUUUAAUCCGGCAUACACAAUUCUGACCUCCUAGAUUGUAUUUGGGAUUAUAGGGUCGGUUACUGCUUUUGGAAAAGCAGCUCGGAGAGCCGAGAGCGUGCGUAUGAUCACAGCCCCUAUGGACAUCAUGAGCGCGGUGGCACUUUUGACAGACAGAGGCAUUACAGCACAGACUAUUACCGCGACCGCGGCAUGUUUGCGGCUGGAGUUAGCCCCGGCCCCGGAGGUAGCGCCGCUAUGAGCGGGAGCUUUGAAACACCGGAGCCUCACUUUGAGUCCAGGAUCCGAGGAGAUCCUUUCACCUUGUCUGGUGCGGCACGCCGUGACCCCUAUCGAGAUGACAGGGGGCGCCGCGUUGACAGAACUUACCAUCACCGCCGAAGUCGCUCGUCUCAUUCCUCACAGUCUCGACAUCCCUCCCCGCAAAGGACCACUGGGCAAACACCCAAAGCCCCCCAUUCCCCGAAAAGAGCCCCCCUCUCCCCAGGAAGAGGCCCACGCUCUAGGUCCCGCAGUAGGUCCUCUAGCUCUGAUUCUGUUAGCAGCACCAGCAGCACCGGCAGUGGCAGCAGUGAUUCAAACAGCAGCUCAAGUGAAGGGUCUCGUGCACGUUCUGUCCAGUCCUCUGCUACACACGCGCCCCCCUCUCAGCCCUGCUCCAUGGUAAUGGAAGGUGAUGAGCCACGCAGAAGCUUUGGCAUAAGGGUGCAGAACUUGCCCGUGCGCUCCACAGACACAAGUUUGAAAGAUGGCCUUUUCCAUGAGUUUAAGAAACAUGGCAAAGUGACAUCUGUGCAGAUACAUGGGGCUUUGGAGGACCGAUAUGGUCUCGUUUUCUUCAGACAGCAGGAAGACCAAGAGAAAGCCCUCAACGUCUCCAAAGGGAAGCUUUUCUUCGGCAUGAUGAUCGAGGUUUCGGCAUGGAAUGGCCCUGAAACAGAGAGCGAGAAUGAAUUCAGGCCAUUGGACGGCCGGAUUGACGAAUUCCAUCCCAAGGCAACAAGAACCCUGUUUAUUGGCAACUUGGAGAAGACCACCAGUUACCAACAGCUCCUUGAUAUCUUCCAGCGAUUUGGAGAGAUUGUGGAUAUCGAUGUUAAAAAGGUCAAUGGUGUUCCACAAUACGCUUUUGUGCAGUAUUCUGAUAUUGCUAGUGUCUGCAAGGCUAUAAAGAAGAUGGAUGGAGAGUAUUUGGGGAGCAACCGACUCAAGCUGGGUUUUGGGAAGAGUAUGCCCACAACAUGUGUUUGGCUGGACGGUUUGGCUUCCAACAUCACAGAACAAUAUCUCACACGUCACUUUUGCCGCUAUGGACAUGUGGUCAAGGUGGUGUUUGACAGGUUAAAGGGUAUGGCUCUCAUCUUGUAUAACAACACAGAUUUUGCACAGACUGCUGUCCGAGAGACCAAAGGCUGGAAGAUUGGCGGCAACAAAAUAAAGGUCGAUUUUGGUAGCCAAGAGAGUCAGAUGGCUUUUUAUCGGUCUAUGCAGGCCUCUGGUCAAGAUAUUAGAGACUUCUAUGAAAUUCCAACUGAAAGACGAGAGGAACGACCAAGACCUCCAUACCAUGAGUUCUCAGCAGAAAGAGCCUACUUUGAAAAUGUCCGCACGCCUGGCACCAUAUAUCCUGAAGACCCUCGCAGAGAAUAUCCCACCCGCAGCCGUGAGCGGUAUUCUGAGUUGGAGCACUACCAAGGAGAACACUUUGACACCCGCUACCACGAGGAUCCUCGGGAGUUCAGGGAGUAUCGAGAUCCUUUUGAGCAGGACAUUCGUAAAUACACAUACAUCCAGAGGGAGCGAGAAAGAGAACGGGAGCGCUUUGAGGCUGACCGUGGCAGGUGGAGCCCCUCUCAUCCACGGCGCCCAAUCACUCCUUCAGUCUCCCCUUCACCAUCUGAGCGUGCCCCCCGAGACCCAGAGCGACGGGUCUACAGUCAGUCAUCAGAACGAAGUGGUAGUUGCAGCUCACUCUCCCCACCGCGCUUUGACAAGGCAGACAAGGCUCCUCCAAUAGAACAUGGAGCUAGUUCUAAGAGUGAAAGGUUGGAAAAAGACGUCCACCCGGUCGAACCUGAGCGUGAGCGUGGUGCUGGGGCUGAGAAGAGCAAACGAGGGAGACGAAAGGAGAAAGGUGACAAAGAAAAAGGGGAGAAGAGUAAGUCAAGGAAAGGUAAGGUGCAAUCGCCCAGUAUCCCUCCAUCUGAGACUGAACUAGAACCUAGCCUGGAUGGAGGCUCUGGAAGAGGAAAGAUAUCAGAUCAAGACAGCCUUGAAAGAUCGAGAUAUAAAGGUGAGAAUGAGCCUCUGCCUUCCGAUCCAACAACAUCAACAAUGCGCCAUGAGCCUUUAAAAACUGAGAGGCUAGAUUCGGUAAAAGGUGAGAACACAGAAAAGGAUGGUAAAACACGAUCCAAGAAACACCAAAAAUCAGACACUGGAAAUGAUGGAAAAGAUCCGUCAGUGGAUUCUGAUCGGUUGGCUGCAAGAAAGAGGCGCUUUGGAGAUGCAAGUGCGCGGACCAUUCGACCGAAGAGAAGAAGGCUUGAAGAUGAGGAUGGAAUUCAACCUCCAGACUUUGGUGCUAGCACUGCUUUUCCAAAAGAGACAGAAGGUGACAGUAAGCCUCAACAGAAAGACACCCAGCGGAGGGAUUCAAGAUCCAAAGCAGAGAGACUGGUAUUUCUUGGCAGUCAUAAAGAGGGUCAGGAUCCUGUAAACAGAGGACAGGAAGAGCUGCCUGAGGGGAUCAUAGACCCUAUGGACUCAAAACGCCAACCUAGUCACAAUUUGUCCAGAAGGUUCUCCCAUGAUGGAAAUAUGGAACAGGAAAAUGCAAGAGAUCAAGAUCCACCAAGUCCUUUCAAAUACGGCCCACCGGACAAGAGUGUCAAGGAGGAGCCUCUGGAUAUUGACCUGUCUCAGAGUUACCGCAAACAGAUGGAGCAGAGGCGCCUUCACCAACAACUCCAAGAAUCAGACAAACAAGAAAAACCUGGAAGUCCACAAGGGUUAGAAACUGAAGACCUUGAACACCGCAGUCUGGUACAUGAAGUUGGAAAGCCACCUCAAGACGUCACAGAUAAUUUCCCUUCCCAUAAACUCAAGAAACAAGAGCAAUUUGAUGCAGACUUGAGUGCCAAGAGGGGAGACCGUGUUUACAGGAGCUUCCGGCAAAAGAGUGAAGAUCUAGAGUGGAACAACACUGCAUCACCAAGCGUGCAACACUUCUCUCAUCAUACUGAAGAGGACUUUGCAGAAUCUUCACACCUCAGGGAGGUUAAAACCGAAGAGAAAACCCACCCAGACCUGGAGCUGGCAGUAAAAAGGACACACACAAUACCAAUGUCCAAGCCAAGCACGCCUUUACAAGUUAGUGAAGAAGACCGGGAAAAACGUUGGGAGACCAGAGUCAAGCAAGAUUUUUUACCAGACUUACCAGACUUCUCAAGAGCUGUUGGAAAAAAUCCCCACAAUCGCAAGCGUUUGGAAUAUGGAAUGGUGCAUGAUUUAGAGCCUGGAGAAGUACGAUCUGAUUCUGAAGAGGAUAGAGAGAACAAACCACACUCUCCUCUGGCCUCUACUUCUAUGCCUUUUGCUGACCGUCAGAGGGUGGACCGAUUUUCAGACCCUAAACUGGCCACAAUGGAGAGGAUGAAGUUCUAUUCAUUUGCACUUGACCAGACCAUCACACCAGACACCAAGGCCCUGCUAGAGCGAGCAAAGUCUCUGUCUUCCUCCAGGGAGGAUAACUGGUCUUUCUUGGACUAUGAGUCACACUUUACUGGUUUACGCAGUAGGAAAGAUACUGAGAAGGUUGAGUCAGCACCACGGCCUACACCUUCUUGGUACAAGAAAAAAAUUCGCAGCGGUGGGUCUGAAGACAAACUUGAUGACCGGAAGGAAGAACCCAAGCCUAAACCUGAGGAACAUGAACGCAGGGAGCUGUUUGCCUCUCGUUUCCUUCAUAGCUCAAUCUUUGAGCAGGACUCAAGACGGCUUCAGCACCUAGAGCGAAAGCAUGAGGACCCUGAGCAGAGUCAGGCUCAACAAACAGGUCAACAAGGCCUGGCUGAUGGGCAGCCUGAUACUGAACAAGUUUACCUCUUCCAUAGCCGCAUUUUGGAAUUUACGCGGCUGCAGCAGCAGAAAGACCAACCGCUACAGGAAGUUAAAAAAGCAGAUUCCAUAGAUGGGAACAGGAUCGAGAAGUCGCCUGAGACAGAACAGCAACCUUUGCAGUUGCCUAAACCCUCAGAACCAGUCAUGGAUCCAGAGAUUAAACCUAUUAGCCCUGCUGAGCACCACAUAAUUUCACAGCCAACACCUAUGCCCAAGGAGAUGUCGCCACCCCUUCCACCCAAACAGAUGUCGCCACCCCUUCCACCCAAACAGAUGUCGCCACCCCUUCCACCCAAACAGAUGUCGCCACCCCUUCCACCUAAACAGAUGUCGCCACCCCUUCCACCCAAACAGAUGUCGCCACCCCUUCCACCUAAACAGAUGUCGCCACCCCUUCCACCCAAACAGAUGUCGCCACCCCUUCCACCCAAACAGAUGUCGCCACCCCUUCCACCCAAACAGAUGUCGCCACCCCUUCCACCCAAACAAAUGUCUCCACCCCUUCCACCCAAACAAAUGUCUCCACCCCUUCCACCAAAGGAGAUGUCUCCGCCCAAGGAGGUGUCUCCACCCCUUCCACCCAAGGAGAUGUCUCCACCUAAGCACAUUUCUCCACCCAAAGAAAAUUCUCCCCCAGUGAAAACAAGUGGCAUGUUGACUCCAGAGCCAGCUGAUCCAGAGCCUAUGACAAAAGAAGAAAACAGAGAAAACGUACAGCUCCCUCCCCUCCCGCAAACUUCUUCAGUUGAGAUGUCUUCCCCUGUCAGUUUCGGUGAGUCCAUCCGUUCUGUGAGAAAAGUCAAAAGAUCACCUAGUGAUGAGAAAUCUGAAGAUGUCGCUCAGGAUAUUAAAAUGUUGAUACCUGAGCCGUCCUCCAACAGUGAUUGCCAUUUUCAUGAAACAUCAGUUAGUACGUCUCAAUCUGAGAUGGCACCUCCUGAAUUACCACCUGAAUUGAAAAGUUCUACACCAACUAACCCUGUUGAUGAAAUGGAUGUUUCAAAAGAGGAUACCAAUACUGAUGGUACAGACACUCAAGCAGAGUUGGAAAACAAACAUGAAGUCAAUCCAAAGCAGGUGCUUGUUGAUAAUGAAGCCAGUGAUGAGUCAAUUUCACCACCUCAGAAGUCCAAGAACAAAAAGAGUAAGUCUCCUACUCAAGUGCCACCCACUCCUUUGGUUUCAACAGCUGGUUCAGAUAAGCCACUUACACGCAAGAGUGAACGCACCAAACGUGCAUCGUCCCCUAGAGCAGAGUCUUCAAAGGGAAGUUUAGAUUCCAAAUCCACCGGCAAGUCUCCCAUCCAUGGUGCAGACCCAGAGCAUGGCACAGAGCAGAGUAUAUCUGUUGGGAGAGCACGGCGCAGAAAUGUGAAAUCUGUUUAUGCUACCCCUGUUGAAGAAGAUACCACUAAAGGGUCUGGUAAAGAUGUAGCUGAGUCACCACGCUCUGCGCGCAAGCGAGGUGGAGACAAAGAAGCGGCCCCUCAGCAGCCAUUGGAGCAGGAUUCCCUUGCACCUAUUACGUCGAGGAGAGGCCGUCCACCUAAGAAUCGGCGACAAGGAGAGGACACAUUAACAGCUAAAGGGGAUAGGUCCAAACUGGAGACCAAGGAUUUGGACUCCAAUGACACAGAGAGUAGUGAAAGAAUCAGUAAAGUGUCAAAAGGCAGACAUUCUCCUCAUGGUCAUAAAGUGGUGGCAAGUCACUUACCCAUGUCCACAGUGACUGGAUCAAGUAAGAAGGGGGAGAAGACUGAGCUGUCUGAAGAUGCUGCUCAGCCGAUGGAUUUUAGAGAGGAGGACAGUUCGGCCAUGCAGGAUCCAACUGUCUUGAGUAAAGAAGAUCCUGUGCAGCCGGUUUUUCAAAAGAAAGAGGAGAAUGUCAAGCAACUAUUAGAAACUGACAAAUCACGUGAUAAAGACAAGCAGAAAAAGGACCCUAUUGAGGAGAAAUCCAGUGGAGCAAAAUUUUGUGAUAAAGAUGCUGAUCCUCCAGUCAUGGAUGAGUUGCCUUUAUUGGAGAAAGUGGAGAAAAGUGGUAGGGGCAAAGCCCCACGCUUGACACGAACUUCAAAGUCUCCUGUUCUCAAGAACCUGAAAAUCAGACUUAAUGUCACUGAGGUGAAAGAUUUACUUCAAAUGGGGGAUGAGGAAUCUGGAAAUCAGGAUGAUUCUUCUAAAAAGGCUAAACCCGGUGAACCUACUAUUGACCCACUAUUAGAGUCUAAUAUAGGAAAAGAUCUGAGUUCAACUAACAAGGACAAAGAUGAGUUGACACCAGAUAUGAAGGCUCCAAUAGAUCCUAAAACGUUGCUUCAACAGGAACAGGAGCUGGAGCAAGCGGUUGAGAACAUUGCUAAACUUACAGACCCAACCCUCCCAGCAGAGCCACCUACUCCACCUGCCCCACCACCUGCUGAAUUAAAAAUUGAGACUGAGGAAGAGAAACCAGCCAAUCCUGCUAGUGAGUAUGAACUUGCUGCUGCCAUCGAUUCUAUUAUGGGUGAGGAUAUAGCAGUGCCUCUGCCUCAAGAGCCGGUAAUUAGUGCUGUUGUGGAUUCAGACCCAGAGAUUCCAACCUUUGUUCAGCCAAACAAGGGAGCUGAACCUACGACUACCACAUCCCCUACUAAGGUGGAAUCCUUUUUCCCAACAACACCAAGGAAGGGUGUCAAGGGCAGAGCUAAACCACCAAAGCGGUCCAAGAGUCAAAAAUCCAACAAAAAGGAUGCUGCAAAAGAAAGUCAGUCAGAACCGGAGAACACCUCUGUUAUCACAUCAGAUAGCACAUCUGCUAAUUCACAACCUGUUCCAGAGAGCACUCCAUCUACGGCUGCAGGGGUUAUUACAGCAACCUCAUGGAAGCUGGAAACCGAGCAUUUGCCACCCAAGGCAGAAACACCAAAAGAAUCUAAGGGACCUCCAGCCCCUGCAGAGCAACCGUUACUUUUGACACCUGUCUGUCCCCCAACCAAGAGUCCCACGAUCCCUAAGCCUCAACCACCCCAACAACCACCACCACCAGAGUGCAUUUCACCCUCACUUUCUCCACCUCUUAGCCGGACAAACAUCAGACCCACACAGACAAGUAGGAUCCCGGUUUCGCCACCAGAUUGGCUCAACCAGUCCAAGGAUGCUGGUGUCCCUUCCAUUCCAAGAGCAGCACCUCAUUUUGAGAACCCAGCCCUUCCAUCUGACACUGAGCCCAUGGAGACCGACCACAAUACCAGUGACCUGCGAAGGAUUCUCAUGAAGCACAAAAAUGUUUCACUCCCAAUCCCAUGCGGUAGUUCUGUUCCUAGCAAUCUAGGCCCCUCGUCCCUUAGGGAUCCUCCACACCUACCUGAUAGUAAUACCCCGAUGGUUGCUGUGCCAAGUAAGACGCAUCUUCCUGAUAACCGGCUGUCAUCUCAUCCAGCCCAGCCUGUGGUCCGGCCUCCAGCCUCACUACCAUCCCCUGAGUCAAAAUCAGUGAUUUCCGUUAUAGCCUCAACCGCCACAUCUGUUAUUAGUCGUGUUUGCAAUCCGCAGGACCUGGAAGAGAAAAACAGCAUGACCAUUGAGAGAAAUCCCUGUGUGGACAUGCCAAUUCCUAAGCCGACAUACAGGCCGUCCGGCAUGGAGGACGGGGAGAGUGGUUCAUAUCAUGGGUCAUCAGUUGGCGACGAGGGUGGAAGUGCUGGGAGGUACUUGGUUGAGAGCUCCGUUCUGGGUACAGGUUCUAGCCCGGGACUAAGGGUGAAUACCUCAGAGGGAGUGGUGGUGUUGAGUCACUCCGGGCAGAUAAAGGAGGGACGGCAGAGGAUAAGUGCCAAAAUCAGCCCCAUCCCACCAGCUACUGCAGUUGACAUGGAAUCUCAGCAACUAGUGACCAUUCCCCCGAUUAAACAGGAGAUGUACACCCACUCCCAGUCUAAUACUCCCAAGUGUCCUCCAAUACAGACUGACCACGGGCAUCCUAAGACUCAACAGGCUGUCUCCUCCAUUAAACAGGAAAACACUGGCAUGGAAAAGUUAGAAUCGCCCUACCCAUCAGGGCCUCAAGGAGGAGUUGUGAAGAGGCUGCAGCAGACAGUUGGUAGUCCACAGGUGAUGGGUUACCAUCAUCAAGACUACACCAUGUUAUUGAAACAUCCCAAAAAAGUGGAGGGUGCCGAUGGUAUGAACGUUGACGGGGGCAAACCUUGGACCUCCGCUAUUAGUCCUGCCAUGAGCCCCCACCUCUCCUCUCCGGCUGGCAACCACGUCGGCUUUGUUCCCGGCUCGGCUUCUGACCGAACUCCCUCACAUCUUGGUGGGGUCAAACAGGAGCCGCGGUCUCCUCGCAAGUCAGGCCACCCCCACUCUCCGUUCAAUAAAGUGUCCUCUCCCAUCGGCUCGUCCUCUCCUAAAGGCCUCCCGGGGAUGCUUCCCUCCGGCCUGCCAGCCAUGCAGCAGUAUGUGGCUGGUGUCCACCACUCUGAGCAGUCGGUCAUCAUGCAACCUCACAGUGCUCACGGUGGCAUUGGAAGGAUGUCGCCCCACCGUGCCUCUCAAGCAAUCCCCUUAGGUCACCUUGUCCAAGGGGAGGUCCGGGUGAACACUCCGCCCCUCUCUGUGAUGAAUUUCGGGAUUCAUGGUGAGCCCCUUGCCACUCCCUGGUCUGGUCCGCUCCAGCAACGCCCCACCUCGCCCCAGGCAGUAAGCCGAGAUAUGGUCCUCAAGGUUAACCCCGGCAAUGUGAGAGGCCAUGAGGGAGAGCCAGAGGACGCCAGGCGCUUCCAUCAGGCCAGACCGUCCGCCGCCCAGCUGAAACAGGAGACCAUGCAGGCUGAUCCGCGGCGGGCUCUACCCAGUGGGCUCCAGCUGGACCCGUACAUGUCACCCAGGGACAUGCGUGUACUCAUGCACCACCCACAGGGAGAACGGCCGGUGCCAGAGUCACACCAGGGACACAUCCAAGAGACGGUCCCACCCUCGUCAACAUCUACCAACAUCAGCUCGUCCCUGUCCCCUAGGGCACAUCUGCUGUCUAAAGGGGCGUCAGAGAAGGAUGCCACAAAGCCGCCGGAGGUCAAGAGACCACACUCUCCCCUCAAGGAUGGGAUGAUGGGGAUUCGUCCAUCUAUGGCUGCUAUGGCUUCCCCGCAAAGGGUACAGCUGCUGCCGUCAGGGACAGGCGCUUCCUUCUCCGAGUAUCCUGGAAUGUACACGAACACCCGGACCAUCACUGAGACUUCUUUUGGGAUCAACCAGGCAGCGGUCAACAUACCUUCUGCCUUAGGUGCAGACCCCAGCCAUUCACAAGCUGACAGCAAGGUGAAACAAGUUGGAAGCCAACCUGUCAACAUGGUGCAGCUGCUCACGAAGUACCCCAUUGUGUGGCAAGGGCUGCUGGCACUGAAGAAUGACCAGGCUGCUGUCCAGUUGCAUUUUGUCUGUGGCAACAAGGCUUUGGCUCUCCGUUCACUGCCCCUACCUGAGGGAGGAGCACUGCUUCGAAUAGUCCAGAGGAUGAGGCUUGAGGCAUCACAACUGGAUGGUGUGGCCAGGAGAAUGACACAGGGGGAGAGUGAGUUCUGUCUCCUGCUGGCUCUGCCUUGUGGACGGGACCAGGAAGAUGUCCUGAACCAAACCCAGGCCCUAAAAACCGCUUUCAUCAACUACCUGCAGGCCAAGCUGGCUGCAGGCAUCAUCAAUGUCCCCAACCCAGGCUCCAAUCAGCCUGCCUACGUGUUGCAGAUAUUCCCACCAUGUGAGUUUUCAGAGAGCCACUUGUCCCGGCUUGCCCCUGACCUCCUAAACCGGAUCUCCAAUAUCUCCCCUCACCUCAUGAUCGUCAUCACCUCUGUGUAACAGCCCUCUACCCCCGGGGAAAGGAAGCCACCUCUUCUCUUCAGUGGACGUACUCAAAGUUGAGCCUCAGGAAACAAGAGGAAUGGCGGGAUGUUUGCUCCUGGUGACGCUGGGAUCAUGUAGGAAUAACGUCCUAUUGGAACUUUUACAUUUUCCAUAUCGAGUCUCACUUUUUUUUUUUUGUCACUCCUGUCUGGUAUUUUUGUCCUUCUCAAAAGAGCGAGCUCAGGGAUGGACCAGACCAGAACCCUAUAUUUGUACAGUCUUAUUUGACCAUUUUUCUCUGCUGUAUUUGUAUUUAUUGGGGAGUUUUAUUUUUAAGUAGGGAGAUACUUUGAAGAAAAAUCAGGAUGUUUGAUGAAUAAGAAGAAUGAGUGACAAACUGGGUGGCCUUUUCAUCUUUCUUUCUUCAUCUUUUAAUGAUUGUGGUUCAUUUUUCAUGAGAAAGGAUCAUAGAAACCAUUGUACCACAGUGGCAGAAAUAGACAUUUCAACACGUAUUUUUAAGUACAGUAAUUAUGUACAAACCUAUGUCAUUGUCCAGCCUUUCCCAUAGAGGAGGAAGAUUUAACUUAAAGGAAAAAAAAACAUGAUUAGGGCACCCUAUUAGGGCAGGUCUUUAAUGGCACUCUAUUCCCUGUAUAUUGCCAAUCUGAGGGCCCUGGUGAAAAGUAGUACACUAUAUAAAGGGAAUAGGGUGCAAUUUUGGACACCUAGAUCUUGUAGAGAGGACCGUGCCAGCCUAACAAGACCCUUUGAUUCCACCAGCUCUGCUGUUCCAUUUCUCUACUCAAACCAGACAAGGCUCUUCCCUUCCACAUGGUUCCACCUGAACAACAGUGGGAAUUAGGAGUUUUUGGAAUACUGGACUCUGUAAAUAUUUUAAAUAUUUAAAACUUUGACAAAAUGGAACUUGGGACAACUUGACACCAAGAGACUUUCCAACCAACUGUGGAAAUGACAAGAUGGUGAGGUGGGAUGAACAAAUUGGGGUUGUAGGGAAGAAUGAAGAUGGAAACCCUUGGUUUUGUGGUGUAAAUACUUGGAACACAGCAGGUUGGCGACUCUCGUGUGGAGUUUGCUGAGGGCACUUCACAUUUUGUUACUCAAAUAAAAAAAUCCAGAACUUGAA